AUGGCGUGCGUCGAUUCCAACUCCGGCGAGCUUCCCGCGCCGGCGUUCUCGAUCGAGAGCUGCAUCCGGGCGCUCCACCAGAACAAGCGCGUCGUGCGCGAGGAAGGCCUCAAGGACCUCGCCGCGGCGCUCGAGGGCUUCGUGUCCGCCGACGACUACCGCUACGACCACUACGAGUACGAGCAGGCCGUCGACCGCUGCUUCCACCUCCUCAAAAGCGGGUCCGCCACGGAGCGCAGGGACGCCUACCGCGCCGUCGGCCUCUACGCGCUCACCGUCGGCGCCAAGGUCGAGGUCCCCGUCCUCGACAGGCUCUUCGAGGUCGACCGCCUCUCGGGGAUGCUUCCCUCCUCGCCGUCCGACGCGGAGAGGGCGGUCGCCGCGAUCGGCUGCCUCGCUGCGGCCACCCUCGCCUGCGCGAAACGGCCGGCGGACGCCAGGCGCACCCUGAAGGCCAUCUGGGAGGUGAUGGGAGAGCCCGGGCCCGCCGCCGUCCCACGGGUCCUGGCCGCCGCAGUGUCCGCGUGGACGGCUGUCCUCCCCGCCGCGCGAGGCACCGUGCGUGUCACCCCGUUCGUCCUCAUCGCCAAGCUCCUCAAUGCCGACGACCCCGCCGUCAGGGCUGCGGCGGGCGAGGCCCUGGCCGUGUGCAUCGAGCUCAACAUCCUGCCUCGCCAGCCCCUGCCGCCUCGCUGGGGCCACGACAGGCGAGCGGAGUCGAGGCCCGGGGACAUGCCGCUGCUCGAGAGCAGGGUGGCCGAGCUCGCCUUCCCGGAGGAUAAGCACGCGCACAGGAACGAGCACGCCGAGGAGAUCGCCCUGUUCCGGCAGAUCGACGACUUGCUCAAGAGGAACAAGCAGAAGAUCGAGGACUUGGAGAAGAUAAAGCACAACGAGCGCCCGGAGGAAUCGGAUGAGCCUUGCGUCAAGGUCCCCAAGCGGUGGGUGAAGCUGGUCCAGCUCAACUUCCUCAGGCAGUACAUCGGCGAGGGCUUCGACGCUCACUUCAGCCUCAACCUACCACUCUUCCGGGACAACUUGGGGCUCACCAGGGCUGCCGGCGGCGGUGGCGAGGAGGAGGACCUGCCGACCCAUGAGAAGAAGCAGCUCAGGAAAGACAGAGAUAGGCAGAUGAGCCUGGCCGUCAAGAGGGAUCGACAGAACAAGACGACACAAUAUGACUAG